AUGUCGUUACCACCAAGCAACGGCGAGGCGUCAUCGUCACGCCACUCGGCCGAACUCACCAUGGGUGUGCCCGACAGGAAGGGCAAGCUGUCUGCGCACGAGAGGCAAGCGCAAGCGCUGUCCAAGCUGCUCGCCAAUCCGGACAAGGAGAUCCACAUUCCAAGCGGGCCCAAGGAAAGGACGAUACGAGCGCCUCGCGACGUGAUGAAGAACGUCACCGGCUCGAGUGCAGGAGCGGGAUCGGGCGAGUUCCACGUCUACAAGCAGCAGCGCCGGCGCGAGUUUGAGCGCAUCCAAAUCAUGGAAGAGCAGAAUCAAAAGCUGACAGAGCAGCAAGAGUUUGAUCGGAAGCGCGCCGAGACGCAGCGCAAGGACGAAGCCAAGACCGACAAGAACCGGGCCAAGCGCGAAAAGAAGAAGCUCGCGGCUCUCAAAGCACAGGCUGCGGCCAAAGGCAAGCCAUCGUCAGCGGCGACCGGAACGGCUGAACCACAGGCAAAGAAGCAGCGUCUGCACAACGACGACGUCGAGCGCAUCCAGUUCAAACAACGCCCAGACUCGGACGACGAAGACGAUACCAGCCACAGCGCAUCUUGA